CUUGAAGUGGCACAGGGCCCUCCAAGCAUGGUAAUUAGCAUUUGGGGGGACAAACGAGCAUCUUGGUGGUAAUUAGUACCAUUACACCUGGUUAGAGGCUGCGUACUCUAACGUAAUGCUUCUUUUGCAGCAGGUUAUCGUGCCCUGCUGUUAGUUAUUGCUGUGUUGGGGUGAGGGUCAGCCGCACCUCAGCUGCCAACCCCGCAACAGUUAUGAGGGACACAGCCUGCUCAGAGCCUCACCCAGCUUAACCCCGAGCACCCCUAGAGAUAGGGCACCCCCAGCCUUUCGGGACAGCCCCCCUCUGACUGAAAACCCCACAAUCUGCCUUUUCGGGCGCCUUCCCGAGGCAGCCCGGCCCCGGAACGACGGGCAGGGCUCGGCGCCGCCGGCCGGAGGCAGCAGCGGGGAGGGCUCAAGAUGGCGGCGGGCCGGGUGUUCGCCUUCCGCGACGUGCGCUGGGCCCCGGACCCGGUGCUGGCGCCCAGCCCGGCCGUGCGGAGCCCGCAGCCGGUGCCGCUGGUGAUCGACAACGGCUCCUUCCAGACCCGGGCGGGCUGGGCGGCCGCCGACCCCUCCGUCCCCGCCGAGCCCCUGCUGCGGUUCCGCUCGCUGGCGGCUCGUAGCCGGGGAGCCCGCGGCGGAGCCGGAGCCGAGACUCAGGUGGGCAACGACCUGGGCAGCCCCGAGCCGCUGCGCUGGCUGCUCCGCUCGCCCUUCGACCGCAACGUGCCCGUGCAGCUGGAGCUGCAGGAGCUGCUCCUCGACCACGUCUUCCAGCGCCUCGGCGUCUCCUCGCAGGGCUGUGUUGAUCAUCCCAUUGUUCUGACUGAAGCAGUGUGCAAUCCGCUGUAUUCGAGGCAAAUGAUGUCAGAGCUCCUCUUCGAAUGUUACCAGGUUCCCAAAGUGUCCUAUGGUGUGGAUAGCUUGUAUAGUUUUUACCACAACAGGAGGCAGAACUGGCCCUGCAGUGGUUUGGUGAUAUCUUCAGGCUAUCAGUGUACGCAUAUUUUGCCAGUCCUAGAAGGCAGGUUGGAUGCUAAAAACUGCAAACGUAUUAAUAUUGGAGGGUGUCAGGCAGCUGUGUAUCUUCAACGCCUCCUACAGCUGAAAUACCCUGGACAUUUUGCUGCCAUCACUCUCAGUCGCAUGGAGGAAAUACUUCAUGAGCAUAGCUACAUUGCAGAAGACUAUAUAGAAGAACUACAGAAGUGGAGGUCCCCGGAGUACUAUGAGAACAAUGUGCACAAGAUGCAGCUGCCUUUUUCUAACAAACUACUGGGAAGCACCCUGACAUCCGAGGAGAAGCAGGAGAGGAGACAGCAGCAAUUGCGUAGGCUUCAAGAACUCAAUGCGCGCCGUAGAGAGGAGAAGCUGCAACUCGACCAAGAAAGGCUGGACAGGCUACUGUAUGUACAGGAACUUCUAGAAGAUGGUCAAAUGGAUCAAUUCCACAAAGCUUUGGUGGAGCUGAACAUGGACUCUGCAGAAGAACUUCAAUCUUAUAUCAACAAAUUGAGCCUGGCCGUUGAACAAACGAAGCAAAAAAUCCUACAGGCAGAAGUCAAUAUUGAAGUGGAUGUCGUGGACAGCAAACCAGAGACCCCUGAUUUGGAUCCACUGGGCAGUGAACAGUCACUGGAGGAUGUGGAAAGUAUUAAUGAGUUUGAACCUUUAUUUGCUGAGGACCAGCCCGAAGCUGAGAAGCCUGUUGCUACAGUACAGCCCGUGUUUAACCUGGCAGAGUACCACCAACUCUUUCUUGGCACUGAAAGAAUCAGGGCUCCGGAGAUUGUCUUCCAGCCCUCCCUGAUAGGUGAAGACCAGGCUGGUAUAGCAGAAACUAUGCAAUAUGUCCUUGAGAGGUAUCCAAAGGAGCAACAAGCUAUUCUUGUCCAGAAUGUCUUUCUCACUGGUGGAAAUGCGAUGUACCCUGGACUGAAAGCUAGAGUUCAGAAAGAACUCCUCGAAAUGAGGCCGUUCCAGUCAUCUUUUCAGGUUCACCUUGCCUCCAGCCCAAUUUUAGAUGCCUGGUAUGGGGCUAGGGACUGGGCAGUGGAACACAUGACCCGUGAGGAAGGCUGGAUAACCAGGAAGGACUAUGAAGAAAAGGGGGGAGAAUAUCUCAAGGAACACUGUGCUUCAAACGUUUAUGUUCCCAUCAGACUUCCAAAGCAAGCCCCACGGACUACAGAGGCACUAGCACCCAGCAGAGCUCUGACAUCUAGCACGGGCAAUCCUUGUGAGCAGGCGUAGCACAGAGCCUUUGCCACAGCCCCCCAGGGGGAGAUAAAAGAGCAAAGAGAAGAGUUCCCUGUGGUCUUGCAGUCUGAGCUGUGCGUGGAGCACAGGCCUCAGCACAAAGCAUCUCAUCCAGCCCCUUGAAGGGGCAAACGGCCGAGCUGCUCUGGGGCAGCACCUGGCACACGCAGCGCUGCUGCUGCAUAGCGCGGGAGGGCGAGUCGGCAAGGAGGAACACAGGAAAAGUGCAUUCCGGAGAAAAGUACAGCCUUAGGAACUCUCAUAGUAAGACUUCGGGAUUUUGCAAAUGUUUUAUAUUUUUUUAUUAAAACUUACUGCUUGUAUGCCACUUUCGUGGUGUGAUUCA